AUGAAGUCGUUAUCCAACCAUGGACAACCGUCAUCCGGUGCUUCAAGCACAGUCGGCCCUAUUUCCGGCCCGGCUUUGAGCCAUGCCAGCAUAUUUAACGCCUCGACGAGUGGCUCAAACAAUCCAACCACGUCAAGCCAAACGGACGAACAACCCUACCAGCUGCUUGCCUAUUUGGCCCAGCCGGCGGAUGAAGAAGGCUCCGUGUACGGGCGUCUCGGCGGUUGUAUCGCCGUGGUGCACACAAACUACGCGGGUCUGGAGUUGGAACACCAGCGACGUUGA